AUCGACAUCGGGCAGGUUCACUGUAACGACAGAAGAUACAUACGGCGCAUGCGGGACACAUAAUUACAUACCAGGGCUGAAACUGCGGCCGAUCUCUGUUUUUGUGAUGGCUUUGGUCGACUCUGUUCCGCAGAGUCUCAGCUGCAGGAUCCGUCGUCGCUCCACGCGCGAGAGAUCCUUCGCGGCACCAUCCGAAUCAACACUUCGUUGUUGGCAUCGAACGCGAUUGCCUCGUUCGACCCGGUCUCACGUCCGUCGCGUCCACGUAGACCCCCGCCUGCUCACCCAAAGGCACUCUCGACGAAUAUAUUCUAGUCGACACAUCAGAUUGGGAGUCUGUCGCUUCUAUUUACGACUUGGUCGCGUACGCUGCGGAGGUUCUUGCUGUCCUCCACGAAGAACAGGACGUGUCAGGAACGGACAGAGACGUGUCCUGAUGACGGCUAUCCAUACCCCAGCAUUCCUACGAUAUUCAUCCCUCGAGCUAUACAAAUCUUAGGACUAAACUUCUCUUCACCACGCGUCCGUCUCAACAGUCGGUUCAAACCGUCGUAAGUGCUCUUCCCACUGUCUACGAUCUGAUCGCUGGUCGUAUCUAUUCGUGUUUAUAUGAUCAACGAAUCUUCUGUAAUU